AUGGCCUCCACCAGCAGACGGAUCUUCGCUGCGGGCUUCACGGCGCGGCUAGACGUGGCGAGGAGCGGCAAGACGCUGUGCUGCCCUUCUACUGCUGGUGCUGCGUCGCUCGCGGAGUUCGUCGACGCGCUUGCUGGGGCGGUGCCCUUCGGCCAGGCGAGCCCGUCCGAGGGCGACUCCUCCAGCACCACUUGCGAGGCGGAGGGGGCCCUGCACCGGGAGACCAGCGAGGACGGCUCCCACUCGGACACCUCCGCGUCCCGCUGCCAGGACGCGGUUCAGGAUCAAGAUGAGCCGAAGCCGUUCCUGACGCCCGGCGCCGCAUCCUCCAAGUGGCGCUUUGGCCUGCAUUCCAGCGACCUGGUCCGCGUGAAGAGCACAUUCAUCGACACUUUUUCGGACGAGCUGCCUGUUCAG